UGUUUUGUACCGUGGUCGCUGUUACCGUCCCAGCUAAAAAGUGUUUUCUACUACCCCUACAAUGGUUUAUCGAGGUUGGAAGGCGUAUAUUUAUUGACAGGUGAUUUGAAUGUUAUUUAGCAGCAACCUAGUCGUUUGGAUCGGAGUGCGCCUCACGAUUCACGAGCGCUUCCAUCGGUUUCGGAUCAGCAGCUCCAAAUAAUUUUAAGGAGCUGCAUUGAUCCAUAUAUCACUGCUAAAACAAAGAAAAAAUGAAAGGAAAAAAACACAAAGAAACAGUUACAUUUUAAAACCACAUAACAUAUCAUUCGUAUUUCUUUGCUUUAGUCAUGCUAGAUGCUUCAACUUGUUGGCUCGAAAUCAAGCAGCACAAACUACACGCUUCCUAUUUUCUACUGGAGCAAGAUACCUUGUUUAACUUCAGCAGAUGGGAAUGUGCAUAUCGCUUUUAUAUCCAGUGAGAUGACCAUGGAGUGAAGUAUUUUCUCACGAAGUGUCCCUCAUCUUUAAAAAGUAUUUUCUCACAAAGUGCCCCUCAUCUUUAAAAAAGAAUGUUCCUCAUGUAACCCCAGAUUCGUUGUGUCCUUUUUAAUACUUUAAAUCUCGGUGUGGCAUGAGUUCGUUGUUUUGUUCACCUUGUGGUUUACUAUACCAGGGUAGUUUCUGAAUACUUGGUAGUGUGGUGUUGGAUUUAUCUUUAGUCUUUGAGGUACAUCUAAUGCCUGUGUGGCAGUUAAACUUCUUUAUUGUUGAACUACUCUAUCAGUAUUUAAGUGUUGUUAAUGGUAAGUAACUAUUGCUUAUAUUUAAAAUCUAGAAAGAACACAGCUCUUCUUUGGCUCUUUUCUAGUGGUAGCAGGAUUAAGGAUACUGGUUGGUAAGUGGAUCUGUGUACAUGAAUUGUUGUCGAACAAGAAAUGUACUGUGGGUUAUCUACAAGGCUUACUAAAAUAUAGGUUUCCAAAGUGAUAAUUAGGCUCAGAUUUGAAGAGGAUCUGACAAGAAGAUUCUGUAUUAAUCUCUAAGUAGGCUUGUCUCAGCUGGAUGAUAAGUUAAAUACCCAAUGGAAAUUGACUUCUGUGUUUCCUUCGUUCUUCAAAACCUAAUGUAUCUUGUUCAACAUAUUAUUUUUUGUCAAUAAAAGUAUUGAUGAAGAAAGUAAGAGCAUGGUUGGGCUUAAAUGCCAAUGAACGGUAAGACCUUAAACUCAAAGAUUUUUUUCUAAAAGCUUAAACAGCAGGAAUUAAAAUUGAGAGCCGUUUUAGCAUUUUUAUUUCUUGAUGCAGACUGUUAUGGUGACUGUAUUGUACGAGUUCUUUAAGCCUUAAUCAUGGUCAUCUCAAAUUCUUACAUAUUUGCCUUUCUUGUUUCAAUUACAAUUAUUAAUUAAUGUAAAUCUUAACUGCUUUUUAAUUUACCUCGUGAAGCAACUUGUUUUAUGUUGGUUUUUUAAAAUUUAUAUCUUAAUAAGUAUUCAAGUUGUGGGUUGUUCCUCUGGCAAUGUAAAAUAUAGAUCUAAGUUAUGCUGAAGUGAAGAAGUUGAUCUGAACUUUCCUUUCUUGAUUUGUUUGUUUGCAGUGUGAUUGAGAGAGUUCACUUCAUCUGGAUCACCAUGAGUCUUCACUAGUGUAUUCAUCUCGCAUACCUUAUCAAAAUGGAGGGAUAUUUCAAUGUGUCCGGUUCAAACAAUGCUUUUGAUGAUUUUGAUAUUGAGGGAAAGAAAUCAUUUGACAUGGUUGAAAAGAAAAACACGAAUUUUAAUCACAAACCUAAGGGUGAUUUAAAUGACAAGGAGCGCCUUCUGAAUAUAAAAGUGGAUCUUGACAAUGGUGCUAUUGGCUAUGUAUUCACUGUGGUUGGCACAGGGUAUAAUGCCCAGUGGAAGUGCCAUGUGUGUGACAUGGUGUUCAUGGGAAUCAAGAAUUUGUUGUUCCAUGAAAGAAGCAUGAACCAUUCAUCACUCAUGCAGUCUUCUAAACAUCAUGCCACUCAGUUCUUAAAAGUGGAGAUGAAAGAAGGAGAACCAGCUCCUCCUGGGGUGGAUGAAGAUGAGGAACCAGAGCCUCCGCCACCGACCAACAUCCAGCCCAUGCUGGAUGAUUUCAAAUCCACACCUUUGAUUGGUCUUGAGUAUGUUGUUGAACUAAGUGAUGCCUAUGAAAAGGAAUCCACCUAUGUUUGCAUGCUGUGUGACAAAAGAGGGGACCCUAGGACUGUAAUGGCACAUUUAGUGAGCUACAUGCAUCGCCUUAAGUAUUUGGAACGGCACUUUCCAAUCACAUAUAAUGCCAUCAAUUCUUUGCCAAAAACUAUGGGUGCAAGGAAAGGUCUGUCUGAAAUUGUUCUUCGAAUUUCUACUGAAAUGGAAGAAAAGUUGGGAAGACUGCGUCCUAUUGCAACAGAUGCAAGACACUUUGAUGACAAUCGGUUCAACUUGAUGUGCACCAUCAACAAGAGCAAACAUUUCAUUGAAACUCCUGAUAAUACAUUUGUGCACCUUGUGGACCGUGAGCUUUUGACAGCUGCUGCUGCCACCAAGAUCGUUAUCAAAAUACCUCCAGAGAUUCAAUCUGCAAAAGCCGCCGAAAAGCCGAAGCAACAGCCACAGAAAGGUCCUCAAAAAGGUCAAGGAAAUGGCCCUCAGAAAGGUCCAGAAACGGGCCCUCAGAAAAGUCCAGAAAAAGGUCCUGAGAAAGGUCCAGAGAAAGGGCCAGAAAAAGACAAGAAAGAGGAGGAUGAUGAAAUUGAGUUUCAAGGGGCGUUUAUCAAAGGUACACGUGUUCCCUUAACUCGUCAACUUCGUGUUCGUAAAUUAUCGACAGAGGCAGAAGAUAAAAAUACUGCAGCUGGAAGCAAACCUGAUGUGAAAGAUGUGGCAGGAAUUAAGAAAGAAGAUGAUGCUAGAUCAAUGUGCUCGCUCUCAUCCAUAUCAAGUGCAAGUUCAAGUCUCAGCCCAAAAGACUCUCGGUCUAGGAGAAGAAGUUCUUUAUCUCGUUCAAGAUCGCGAUCAAGGUCCGGUUCCCGCGCACGACGUAGAAGACGCUCAAGAUCUAGAUCUCGCUCUAAGGGGAGAUACAGGCGCUCAAGGUCAAGGUCCCUGUCGAGAGGUAGGCGCUCGCGGUCGCCUUAUGGAAGGCGUCGAGCUAGAAGUCCUCGUAACAACUACAAAAGAGAGGAUGACAAAAAGCGCAGUAAAGAUAGGGUGGAAGAUGACCUGCAGCAAGAGAAAGUCAGGUGGGAGAAGUUCCGUGAGGAAGUAGCUAUUGUUGAAAAGGAGAUGCUUGAGAUCCUCUCUCAGCAUGAAAAGAAUCCGGAGAAACAUCCCAAGUACCCGGAGGAAUGGAAACUGUUCUGGAACAAGCGCUACAAGGAGCUGCAGGUGCUCGGCAAGGACCCGAACAAGCACGACUUCAAGCCCGAGUGGAUCGAGUUCUGGAACCGGCGCAUGCGGGAGCUCCACGAGAUGGACUUUACGAAGCGGCGCGAAGAGCUGCGCGAGAAGCUGGGGCUGCCGGCCGACGAGGCCAAGCCGCACUUCAACCGCCGCAAGAAGUUCAUCCGCGACGGCCCGGACGGCCCCACGCCGGGGAAGGCCCGCUCGCGCUCGCCCAGCCCCUGGGAAGAGGGCCAUGCGGGCCACGGCGGCCACGCUCAGGGCGCGGGCCAGGGCUUCGGCCACCCGCGGGACCGCGAGCGCGAGCGUGAGCUGAGGAACCGCGACCGCGAGCGCGAGCUGGACCGCGACUUCCCCUACCGCGGCGGCGUGCCGCCACCACGCCAGGACUGGCGCGAGCGGCCCACCUCCAUCAACGUGCUGCGCAUCCUCACGGCGCUGGAGCAGCAGCUGGGCUCGCUGGGGCCGCGCGUCAACGGCGUGCUGUCCGAGGCCAUCGCCCUGGAGAAGCAGGCGCACGGCAACUCGGACGCGCUGCUCCGCGACACGAACGUGGUGGUGCUCUUCGAGACCGUCAAGGAGAAGUUCAAGGGGCAGCUGCUGGCCGGCAUCGUGGAGCGCAACAUGGUGGCCGCCACGCGCAACGCCAUCAACGCCGUGUCCGACCUGCUGUACUACGCGCCCUCCCUCCUGGAGAACAUCCCCAGGCUGACCCCGCCCAAGGUGGAGCCCACCGUGAUCCACGUGCCCACGCCCGCCGUGCCGACCGUGGCGCCCAAGCUCCCCGUGGCCCCCAAGCCCGCCGUCGCCAAGGUGUCCCCCGCCCCCGACCCCGUGACCGUCCCCGGCGUGGGCGACGUGGACAGGAUGGCCAUCGCCAAGGAGAUCGCCACCGCGCUGGUCAUGCAGGGCAAGACGGACGUGUCCCAGGAGGAGCUGGAGCAGCUGGUGAACGCCGUGGUGGGCAUGGCCCAGGCCAAGUGUGCCGGCGCCGCGCGAGGCCCCCGUCGUGGCCGCGAAGCAGGUGGGUACGGUUGGCUGCCGGCCUCCUGUCUGGUCAGUGGCGAGUGUUUGUCACGCUCUGUGACAAACUCUGCUCUGUCGGUGGAGGUUGGUCCAGUCAUUUUAUCGUUUCCCUGCUUCGCAAGGGAGUUGGUCAUUAACGGGUGCUCUGUUAUCUUUCGAUUUAAAUCAAAUUUCCUCAUUGAUAAUUUGGUUUUCUUUUAUCUAUUGCAGCAAGUUCCUGAGAUAACUGGCCUGCAGCUGCUGAUGUCCGCUUAUAAUGCAGAUGAAUCGAAAAACACAACUGUAGCAUCGCAGGAGAAAUCUAGUGCAUCAUCAGCGAAAAAAGUAGACCUUUUCAGUUUAGAUAGUUUAGUUCCACAACCGCCUGCUAGGAAUAAGUCCCCUAGCAAGUCGGCUGCUGAGACUGCUGCUCAAGCAGUGGAUGCUUUUGUUGAUGAGUUAACAGAGACGGAUCUGAGGCUUCUACUGCAGAGCUUUAAGGAUUUACCUUUGGAUGAACAGCAUGGUUUAAUUAGGUAUCUUAAAAAGUUGGAAGCAACAGACCCUGUCAGAGUGGAAAAGUUGCGCAAGUAUGUUAACUUAGGAUCUGCUCCUGCGGCUCCUGCCUCAACAGUAGUACCAGCUGAGAAGCUUCAAGCACUCGCCAAAGUAGGUCAGUCCGGAAGGCUGUCACCAUUUUCAUCAAGACAUCAAAGUCGCAACCCAACCCAGUCGGAACCAAAGAGACCGGCAUUGAAAUUGGAUUCGGAUUCAGACGAUGACUACAGUUUUGAUGAUGUGUGCAAGGCUGCUAAGAAGAAAGUUUCUGAACAAGAAGCUGCUGAGGCUGAGAAGCGAAAGAUUGUGGAGGAAAGAGAAGAAGAGAAAAGAAGACAAGAACAAGAAAUAAUGAACAAAAGGAUUCAAGAAGAGAAAGCCAAAGCAGAGCAGGCCAUUAAAGAGCUGGAAGAUAGAGAAAGAGAACAGAGGCGAAUAGUGAAAGAAAAGGAAAGGCAAGAACGAGAAAUUGCAAUGUCCAUGGGAGCCGCCAACUGGAAUGCCCUCAAUUCAAAUAAUUCAAGUGUACCUGGGCAAAAUCCUUCAAUACCUCCACCUCCUGUUCCUCCCUCCGUUCCCCCUCCAAACAUGCAAAAUGUUUUUGGUGCUGGUUUUGGGGAUAUGUCCAUGGGAAAUUUCAAUGGAGCAAACUCAUUUUAUCCAGGUACUUUCAACAACCAGUAUCAACAAGGGGAUGGUUUUGACCAACAAGCUAGAUUUUAUCCAAACCAACAGAACAAUGCCAACAUGUACCAACAGGGGGGUCAGUAUAAUUCUCAGCCAGGAUUCCAAGCGUUUGGUAAUAACCCCAUGUACCCACCUGCAUCACAACCAGGGUACAAUGGUGGGUAUGGCAAUCAGUACCAUUAUUGACGUGAUUUACAGAUGAGUUGACUUUGAGAAGAGUUAUGGGAAAGUGUGAUAUGGAAAGACUUCUUGGAUGGCAUGACCCACAGGGAGCACAAUUAUUUUUUAUUUUCAUUUUUGCUGCUAAAUUGCGUGAGGUCGUUUUAGCAAUUUAACAUGAAGCCAUUAUUCAUUUCUUAAUCUGGAUUGGGAUAUCAGCACAGUGUAUAAUUAUUUUUGAACUUAUUUAUUGUUUUAAGUUCUGUCAUGUAUUGAACUGGUAUACUGAACUAAAAAUAUUUUUAGGAUGUGUUGUGAUGACAUGCUCAGAGGUUAAGGUGAUGCAAGAUUUGGUAGCUAGCGUGAAAUACUUGUUUAGUUAAACCAAAUGUAGCAUGGAUUUUAUGGCUUUUCAAUUGUGUGUUGUUUCAGAACCUCAUUUUAAUCAAUAUUCUUUUUCUUUCUGUUGAACUCUUAAUUUAACAGGCCCAAAUUGGUAGGAAUUUUUUUUUGUUCUAUUUUUUGCCACUACAUGUAACUGCCAAAGUCACAUGAAUCUCUUUCAACCAAAUGAAAUUAUGAUGACAGAAUGGUAUCCAAAUGGCGUUUUCAAGUUUCAUGCGUUACUAUUUGCUGUUUUUUUUUCACAUUCCUUGUAAAUAUUGUAAUUAUUAGUUUAUAAUGAUAUUAAUAAAUUUCAUUCAAUUUCGUGGAUUAAAUUAGAGUUGAAUCACUUCCAUGAUAAGCAGUGUUUUCUUUCCCUUGAAAGAAUUAAUUUAUGUUUCAACUAGCAAUCAUAUUAGUUGUGACUCAUGCUGUUUCUUUUCCAGGAAUCAUCAUCAUGGUAUACUUGUUCUUUUUUUGAUUUGUGAUAUUUCAGGCUCAGGCUGCAUGGUAAGACUACAAGAAGACUAACAGAAGACCCAAAGAAAUGUGUCUUUUUAUGAUGUAACUUUUCACAAAGCUGUGUUCAUACUACACUAGAAAUGUGAAGCACUGUAAUGUUAAUCUUAAUGACAUCAAAUAAAGAUUGGUUUACUGAA